AUGGAGCCUGUGGUAGACGAAUGGAUAGUCCGGUUCACUUCGAACGAACCUGUGGAGGUGCAUCGGCAACGGCUGUUAGACGCUCUAGAACCUCCCCAAAAUCCGGACGCCAGCCAAUCAGGAGGCUUGAGUGAUUCAGGAAGCACUGGCAGUCAGUCAGGCAUCGGCCAAUCAGGUGCUGCCAGAUGGCACUGGGUAGAACGGGCGAAUCCAGCCAUGGCCUUUCCAACGGAUUUUGGCGUUUUGCUGGUUAAGGGAGCUGAGACGCAAGGGGAGGACGGGGUGAGGGGGACAGGGGGCAAUGAGUGGGAGGAUCUGAAGCGUCGGAUUGAGGCCGUUCCGUUUGUGAAGGAUGUGCACCGUCAGAUGAAGUACACUCGUUCACUGAUGUACAGUGAAGGGGAGCAAGAAGGGGGAGAGAGAAAAGGUGCUGAAAACGAAAGGAGGAGAGGAGGAGAGGGAGAAAAUCAGAGAGGAGGAGAGAGAGGAAAAAGAAGAGGGAGUCGGAUUGCAGGAGGAGAGACAGAUAAGGCUGAACAGGACCCAUGGCUUGAAGGGUGGGGGGAGGAGGAGGAAGGGGGAGGGUGGGAUGUGAGGGGUCCGGUGAGGAAACCUCCUGGAAGGCUCCGAACGAGAAUGUCAUUCGAGGAGGGGGAGAUCCCAGAGGGACGAGCGGGAGGGUCAAGGGGUUUGACUGGGAGGGUUCAAGGUUUUGGGGUUGGGGGCGAGGGGAAGAGGGGCAGGCGAAAGGAGGACGGGGAGGAUGAAGAGGAUAGGAUGCGUGUGGGUGCGAGGGAGUUGAGAUGGGUGGAGAGCAGUGAAGAGGGAGGGGAAGUGGUGGGUGCAAGCGAGGGACGAUCAAGGAGAAGGAAGAGGGGAGGGAUGGAGGAAAGGAGGAGGAGGAACAGGCAAAAGAGGCGAAAGUGGCAGAUGAGGCAGUUGGAAGAGUCCUUUGAGGAAAAGCAUGGGAUUCUUCAAAGUGAUUUAUCUGCUGCUGGGUCGUUUCUCAGUAGGGCCUGGAAUGUGUCGGCUGCUGCUGUCAACCGCCGACACCUGAUGCAGGCGCACAAAUCUCAAAUCACGUCUCUGUUUCAUGCGGAGAGGCUGUGGGCCAAGGGCUUCUCUGGGGCGAAUGUUAAAAUGGCUGUUUUUGACACGGGCAUUCGAGCAGACCACCCCCACUUCCGCAAUAUCAAGGAGCGCACCAACUGGACCAACGAGGACACACUAAACGACAGCCUGGGCCACGGCACUUUCGUGGCAGGGGUGAUUGCCAGCCAUGACUCGCACUGCCGGGGGUUCGCCCCAGAUGCUGAGAUCUACGCCUUUCGGGUCUUCACCAACGCUCAGGUGUCCUACACGUCCUGGUUCCUAGACGCCUUCAACUACGCCAUUCUCACGCGCAUGAACGUGCUCAACCUCAGCAUUGGGGGGCCUGACUACCUCGACCGGCCCUUUGUGGAGAAGGUGUGGGAGGUGACGGGCAAUGGCAUUCUCAUGGUGUCCGCGAUUGGCAACGAUGGGCCGCUCUACGGCACUCUCAACAACCCCGCGGACCAGAAUGAUGUGAUUGGAGUGGGGGGCAUCGACUACACUCUGCACAUCGCGUCGUUUUCUUCGCGUGGGAUGACCACAUGGGAGCUGCCACACGGAUACGGACGAAUGAAGCCGGACAUAGUCGCCUACGGGCGGGAGGUGGUCGGCUCGAAGAUCAACGGCGGGUGCAAGAGCCUAUCAGGGACGUCCGUCGCGAGCCCAGUGGUGGCCGGCGCAGUUUGUCUGCUAGCGAGCGUUGUGCCUGAAGCCGUGCGGUGGGGGCCGGGAGGGGUGCUGAACCCUGCGAGUAUGAAGCAGGCCUUGGUCGAAGGAGCAGACAGGCUGAAUGGGCCGCAUAUGUUCGAGCAGGGGUCUGGGCAAUUAAAUCUCCUGCGAUCCCACGCCAUUCUGGCGAGUUACACUCCCCGGGCAUCCGUCCACCCUUCCACCCUCGACCUCACAGACUGCCCCUAUGCGUGGCCGUGGUGCCGCCAGCCGCUCUUCGCCUCUGCCCUCCCCCUCAUCAUCAACGUCACUGUCCUGAACGGCAUGGGCGUCACCGGCUGGCUCGCUGCCCCGCCUGUGUGGGUUCCCACAGAGGUCAAUCUCACCAGCACUGCUGCAGAGAGUAACCUGUCAAGCGCAGCUGCAGCAGUUGCAGCUGAAGCUGCAGGUGCCAAUGGCGGCUUUGUGAAUGCUGCAGCCUCGAAUUCCCCCUCGUCCGCAGCUCCGCCGCCCCACCGGGUGCUGCAUGUGCGCUUCUCCUACCCCGCGGUGCUCUGGCCGUGGUCUGGCAACCUGGGGAUCUACCUGAGAGUGCAUCCGGGUGCAAGGCAUCUCAAUGGCACCAUAGCGGGCGCCAUUCACUUCACGGUCGUCUCUCCCCCCGGCCCCAACGAAUCCGCCCCUCGCACCACCAACUGCUCGCUGCCCCUCCGCGUUGCCAUCAUGCCGACGCCUCCCCGCCACCGCCGUGUGCUGUGGGACCAGUUUCACAACGUGCGGUACCCUCCUGGCUACAUCCCCAGCAUGCCUCCCCGCCACCGCCGCGUCCUGUGGGACCAGCAUGCCUCCCCGCCACCGCCGCGUCCUGUGGGACCAGCAUGCCUCCCCGCCACCGCCGCGUCCUGUGGGACCAGCAUGCCUCCCCGCCACCGCCGCGUCCUGUGGGACCAGUUCCACAACUCCUAUCAGCCGAUGCCUCCCCGCCACCACCGCAUGCUCUGGGACCAGUUUCACAACGUGCGGUACCCUCCUGGCUACAUCCCCAGGGACUCGCUGGAUGUGAGAAACGACAUUCUGGACUGGCAUGGCGACCACCCCCACACCAACUUCCACUGUCUGUCCGCCUCUCCCCCUCUCCCCUUCUCCCCCUCUCCGCCGCUCUGCCUCUCCCUCAACCCCUCGUCAUCCCCUCCAGGGACUCUUUGGAUGGACUCCCUCGACGUGCGGAACGACAUCCUCGACUGGCACGGCGACCACCCCCACACCAACUUCCACGGGCUGUUUGCCGCUCUGAGAGAGUGGGGGUUCACGCUCGAGGUGCUGGGGUCGCCCCUGACGUGCUUCGAUGCGCGGGAGUAUGGCGCGGUGCUGAUGGUGGAUAUGGAGGAGGAGUACCACGCAGAGGAGGUGAGAGGAGAGGUGACUUUUGAGUCGACUCAAAAUUCACUAUGGCGCGGUGCUGAUGGUGGACAUGGGGGAGUACCAUGGCGGGGAGAGGAGGUGAGAGGAAGGAGAUCUAGACACACUUGUCAAAGCGACCUGAGAGAGGUGGGCCUCAUAGUGGUGGGCCUCAUAGUGGUGGGCCUCAUAGUGGUGGGCCUCAUAGUGAUAGCCAAGUUGCACCAUGACGUCACAGCACUCGGCCUUGGCUUGAUUGUGGUGGGCGACUGGUACCACGUGCCCACCAUGAAGCACAUGCGCUUCUUUGACGACAACACUCGCUCCUGGUGGACGCCGGCCACUGGUGGUGCCAACGUGCCAGCUCUCAACGACCUCCUUGCUCCCUUCAGCAUCGCGUUCGGCGAUGCCAUUCUCUCCGGCACCUUUUCCAUCGCCGGCCAUCGCGCUUACUUUGCCUCGGGCACCGAUAUUCGCAGGUUUCCCAAAGGGGGUUACGUACACCGGUUCCUUUUCAGGGAUGGAUCCUCAGGAGGGGGUAAUGGUGGGGGAGAGGGCGGGGAAGCGGGCGGAGGGGGAGGGGGAGAGGGGGGAGGAGGGGAAGAGGGGGGAGUGGCAGGAGGGGGGAGUGGCGGGUCGAUUGUUUCGACUAGAGGAGGGAGGAUGAAGAGUCAAGUUGAGGCUUCGGUGCUGGGAUUGGUGGAGAGGGGGAAGGGGAAAGUGGCGGUGUUUGGUGAUUCUAAUUGCUUGGACAGCAGUCAUUUGCAUAGGGCUGUGGCUGCUGAUUUGGGGGAUGUGGUUAAUGUGAGGGAGGAGGAGGAUAAGGGAGAGGAGGGGGGUCGUGGUUAUUCUCUUGAGAAUGUAACACGGCAGGGAGAGAAUUUGAAGGAUGGGGAAGAGGGUUCGGGGGAAGUGAGGGCACGCGAGGAGGGAGGGAGGGAAGAGGGGGAAAGUGAAGAGGGGUCGGGGAGCGAUGGGAAAGGGAAAUUGGGGGUGGAGGAAGAUGGGAAAUGGGGAGGGGGGGCGGGAGGAGAGCUGGGGGGUACAGAAGCAGUAGAGCUUGGAGUAUGGGAGACAGAGAAGCAGCAGGAGCAGCAGGAACAGCAGGAGCAGCAGGAACAGCAGCAGGAGCAGCAGGAGCAGCAGGAGAAGAAGGAGCAGCAGGAGAAGAAGGAGCAGCAGGAACUUGGAAUGGGGAGCGAGAUAGAACGAGGAUCUGAUGGUGCGAAGGGAUUGAAUGCGGUGAAACGAGGUGAUGACAGCGCGAGGGAGUCUGAUGAUACUGCUGCUAACGGUGCUGCAGAUGCUGGUGCUGUUGCUGUUUCUUCUGGUACUGGUAGUGGUGGUGGUGCUGCUGCUGCUGCUGCUGCUGCUGCUGCUGCUGCUGCUGCUGCUGCUGCUGCUGCUGCUGCUGCUGCUGCUGCUGCUGAUGCUGAUGCUGAUGCUGCUUCUGGUGCUGGUUCUGCUGAUGCUGCUGUGAGAGUAGACGAUGGCAUAACGGAGAGAGUGGGGGGUAGUGGCAGCAGCGAUGGUGGUGCUGCUGUGAGUGCAGAUGACCUGUUGCUAGCAGGUGGGCUUGGAGAGGCAGGGGGGAAGCAGACGGCUGGGAAGAGCAUUUGGAGGCACUGGAACGAGCGAGAAGAGGAGGUGAGAUCUGGGGGGAUGGGGGGUGAGGUAGGGUGGGAUGUGGGGAGAAUGAGGGGAAGGAGAACGGCAGGGCAGUCGGCUGGGAAGAGCAUUUGGAGGCACUGGAACGAGGGCGAAGAGGAGGUGAGGGUUGUGUUCAAUGGGGGAGAUUGA